UCAUGAAGCUCUUUUGUGUCUCGCCAACGGGAGGGUGUGUUUGUCAGACGGACUGUAGUUUGUGUAAGAGACUGUUCAACUAAAGCAAACCCAAAGGUUUGUGAAGCGACGCUGCCUCGUUCACCUGAGAGUUCAGCUGCAGUCGGAGCCGACGGGAUGGAGGAGGAGGCCAGGAGCUUCCUGAGGAGGUUUGUGGACGAGUUCCCGUCUGUUCUGGAGGACGGCUGUCCGCUGCCGGUCAACCCCCUGAGCCGAAAAGUGUCCCUGGAGGAGCUGCACGGGGAGAGUCUGGAGCUGGGACUGAGGCUGCUGGCAGACAGGAACGCUCCUCCACGCCUCAGCGCCCUCCUCUGCCAGGUGGCGGUGUCCCAGCUGCUCAACGCUGACCUUUCACCUUUCCAGCUCCCUCAGGAGGACGAGGAGCAGGAGGUUGUCUUGCUCCAGUCAGAUGCAGUGCAGCGACUCUUCUUCAAUAAUCUGAUAAAUGUGGCAUUGGCUUGGCAUCAGAACCUCCCAAAGCUCCUGCCCCCACCGUCCCAGUUCCUCCAGUGUUCUGUUCACGCCAUCAAGAACACCAGGAGGAAGAUGGAGGACAAACACCUGGCUCUGGCGGACUUCAACCAGCUGUUUGGCCUCCAGGAUGGGAUUAAUCGCGCCUACUACGCUGUGUUCGAUGGUCACGGAGGUGUGGACGCCGCCACGUACGCUGCCACUCACCUCCACGUCGCUCUGAGUAAACAGGACACACUGAAGACCGACGCAUCCACGGCGUUUAAAACCGCCUUCACGCAAACAGACGACAUGUUCCGAACCAAAGCCAAGAGAGAGCGUCUGCGGAGCGGCUCCACAGGCGUGGCGGUGCUGAUCCAGGAUCAGGAGCUGACUCUGGCCUGGCUGGGAGACUCCCAGGCCAUACUGGUCCGAAACGGAGACGCUGUAACGCUCAUGGAUCCACAUAAACCAGAACGAGAGGAUGAGAAACAGAGAAUCGAGGAUCUGGGCGGCUGCAUCACCUUCAUGGGCUGUUGGCGCGUUAACGGAACCUACGCCGUGUCCAGAGCCAUCGGCGACUUCGACCAGAAACCCUACGUGUCCGGAGACGCCGACUGCUCCACCGUUUCGCUGCAGGGGGACGAGGACUACAUUCUCCUGGCCUGCGACGGUUUCUUCGACACCGUCAAACCCUCGGAGGUCCCGCAGCUGGUCCGGGAUGCCUUCCUGCAGCCCGCCGACCCUGAGGCGGGCGGCGACGACGCUCCGUCCGAGGACGCCGUCGGACUGAGGGUGGCUCAGCAGCUGGUCGCUCAGGCCAAGGCGGCGGGGUCCAGCGACAACAUCACAGUGAUGCUGGUGUUCCUGCGUCCGCCGCUGCAGCUGCUGGAGAAAAACUCUAAACCCACUGCGGACUCUACUACCCAGGAUGCACCACAGCAAUACUGAAAACUACCUGGAUGUUUUAUACAGGAAACCUUUAUUGGAAAAAUUCUUGUGAACUUGCACAACAGAGUGACUGAUGCUCCGACCUCAUGACAACUCAGAAUAAGUAUUAGUUGUGACCUAAAGAGGAACAAAAUAUAUCAGACUGAUGCAACAGCAUGGAAACAUAAAGCUGCAGAAAAUGGAAAUAUUCCACUAGAGUUUGAUGAAAACGUGCUCCAUCAUCUGUUCAUAUAAUCCAGUUCAGAGUCCAACGCUGAAUAUCAUGCAGAUUAUUUAAACGUCAUAAUCAUUAUUGUCCUGUUACGUUAAAUAUUUGUUCAUAUUUAUGAUUAUUUGUCACCAUGGAGUUUUUUUUACUGACUGUGACCACUUUGCAAACUGAUGUGAAUUCUUAAAAACAUCAACUAUUUGACGAUUUAAUUUUUUUAUUGUAACAUUGGGGAUGACGUGAUGAUAAAAAGGGUCAGUCCGGCGAAAAAAAGCUGUUUAUAACACAUAAGACUCAUAAGAAUGAAAGGAUGAAGGUUAGGUUCAAGGAAGAAUUAAAGAAAAUGAAUGAGGAAAUAAAACAACAAAAGCAAAAGGUGUAUGUAGAUUAUGUAUUUUUAAAAAAAUCAACCUAAAGAAUUAUGCUGAAUGAAUGAAAAAAAUUAUGGUAUUUAUAGUGCUUAAUUUUCACACU